UGAUCUCUGCUGACCUCUAGAGUGAGUCGUCGGAACUCCAGCGCAGAGGACAGACCGGAUACAGAAAACAGGAACAGACGGAGGCCGAGUUGGAUCUUAAAUACGCUUUGAGAAAUGGCGGCUGCUGAAGACACAAACAGUAACGUUACACAAAACCCCAGCGGUUCAGAUGCUCCAAAACUGUCGGAUUUGCUGGACAGGGGCUGGAAGCUAUUUGAAGAGGUGGACACCACGAAUGAGCCGAGCAGCUCCAACCCGGUGCAGGUGAAAGUCAAGCGCGCCAUCAUGCAGCUGGAGGAGGCGACAAGGAUGGUCAACCAGCUGAACCUCUUCAGCCGUAAUGAGGCGCUGGAGGAAAUCUCUACUACAGAUCUGAAGUAUCUGCUGUUGCCGGCUCUGCUGGGCGCUCUCACCAUGAAACAGGUGAACCCCAACAAGCGACUGGAGUACGUGCAGGCGGCCCGUGUUUACUUCAUAGACUUCCUCAAGAGGUGCAAGGACUAUGACAUAUGUAGUUUUCAGCUGCCCAAAGACUGCGAGAACACAGCAGACACUCCAACUGAGGAGCAGAGCAGUCCAGCAGUCCCAAUGCCAAUGUCUCAGCCAGACCUCAUCGCCAUGGCAACACAGAGACAAGCCAAAAUUGAGAGGUUUAAGCAGCGUAAGGACACAGAAGCCAAGUUGAGUGAGAUCAAGGGACUGGUGGAAUCCGGUUCUGCUGAUGAAGAUGUGGUGAGGGAUUUUUACCUGCUGCACGUGCGCAGAUGGAUCACGUUAGCAAUUGAGGAGAUCGACUCCAUCAAUGUUGAGAUAGAGAUACUCAAACGCAUGGAGCUCUUCAAGCAGAGUGCCCCCCAGCCUUCACCACCCAAAAGACCACCCAUGAAGCCUUUUAUCUUGACCAAGGAUGCAAUGCAGGCAAAAGUGUUUGGCGCAGGGUAUCCCAGCCUUCCCACCAUGACAGUGGACGAUUGGUAUGACCAGCACAGACGACAAGGAUGUUUACCAGACCAGGGCAUACCACGCAGCACAAAUGGUGAUGCAGAGGAGGAGGAGCGAGCUGAAAGAGAGCGGAAGGAGGAGAACGAUGAUGAAGAGGCACUGCAGAAGGCACGAGACUGGGAUGACUGGAAGGACACGCACCGGAGAGGAUAUGGCAACCGCAAGAACAUGGGCUGAUCUGCUCUCUCGCAAACGCACACGUAAAUGUCCAUUCGGUUUCCACAACAAAAACUCCCAAUGCUGCCAAUAUGUGACAUGGACACAACGGAGAGUGGCACUUUAGUGGCUAGUUGGUAUUUUUUUCUAAAACAAGUUCACGUAUUUGACGUCCUUUUUAUAUGUCUCUUUAUGAAUCUAAAAUUGUGGUGAGCUUAAUGGGUUAGUACAGUCAGAAAUGAACAUUAGGUUAUGAAAUACACUCGCAUUGCUCCAAACCCGUUUGCUCAUCUUUGGAACCCAAAUUAAGAAAUGUUAGGUAUAAUCUGCAUAGACUGUAGUGUUUCUGACUUGUUCAGAGUUUAGUGAAACACAAAAAAACAUUUUCAAAACAGACCAUUCAGUGGUUCAGCCAGAAUACAUGAAUGCUUUGUGUGCUCGUAAAACCAAAAUAAAGACUUUAUUCAGCAGCUUCUUCUCCUCGGUGCCAGUUUACUUUCAUUAUAUCAGUGCACUAAUGUAUACUCCGAGUAUGUCAAAGAGACACAAAGUAAAAAGCACAGCGCUCUCAUGAAUGUGCACAAUAUACUGACCCUGAGAAGAAACUCGAUGUAUGUUUGAUGUGCACACAAAAUAAUCUUGAUAAUAUUCCAGUUGAACACAUAUGGUCUGUAUUUUUUCUGGACUUUGAACAAGAUGGGACUGUUGAUGAAACAACUCUCAGAUUUCUUCCAAAAAAAAAAACUAAAUGAUAACUAAAUGUGUGUUCUGAAGAUGACUCUCAAGGGUUUGGAACAACAUCAGGAUGAGUAAUUUAAAACCGAAUGUAAAUUUCUGGGUGAACACCCUUUAAAUGAGACUUUUCAUUGCUUCAUGUCACUCUUUCCUGUAAGAUUAAAACGUUUGCCUUUUCAUGGAUGUUGUUUUGAGCAACAUUUCUAUAGAAGUGUUUGCUGUACAGUUAAGGGUCAGACGGACGUCUUCACCCAUGUAGUUACACCGUAUGUGCUGAUUGAUUUGGAGCUAGCUAAGACUGCAUGUUCUUUAACUAUUAGCAGAUUCCGCUAGGCCUCGUUUUCUUGGUUUCAGAUGAGCUAGAGUUAUCAGAACCAGCAUCAGCACUUGCAUGGAUCUGACCGUUUCGUUUGCUGAAGAAACUGUGUGGGAAGUUUUAUGCUGAAAUCUAUUUAUUGCAUUAUCUGGCAAUUUCACUGUUCUUUUGGAAAAAUUCUGUAAGGUCAACCUCUAGUAAACAAACACAAAAGCACCUUU